AUGCAGAAUACAAACCCUAUGGGCAACCCGAACAUGCCACCCGGUGGUUAUCCGCCUCCGAAUCAAGGCCAGAUGCAACCUGGCAUGGGUUAUUAUGGCCAACCAGGUCCGGCUCAAGGUCAGCAAGCUCCAAUGGGCAUGUCAGGACAGCAGAUGAUGAUGGGUAGCGGCUCUUCUGGGAUGCCAAUGGGUUAUCAAAGCGGUGUGCCGCCAAUGAUGCAGCAGCAACCUGUUCAACCGGCUCCACAACCUCCUUCAAUGAUGCAACAAGCCAUGUAUGGACCGCAAGGAGCUCUUGCUACAACAUCUCGACCGUAUUCGGGAACCUCAGCUCCAGCUCCGGCGGCUUAUUCAGCCAGCUCAGCUAUGCCAGUCGGAAUGGGAGGAGUACAAGGUCCAGGACCGCAAUCUUAUCCCGGUCAACCGCAACCAACUCAGCAGCAGACAUCUGCAGCUGGUUUUGCAUCGCAGCAACAGCAGCCAGCGACUGCAUCUGCACAGCAGAGUUAUCCUUAUUCUCAUAGGUAAGC